UACAGCACAGAGAGCGGGACAAACCACACACCCACGCGCGCACACAUCUGGAUCAGUUUUUAGGACCAGUGAGAAACAUGGAUCCCGAGAUACAACUAACAACAUCAUCAUCAAUCCUCUCUACAAUUCCCUCUACAAACAACCUCACCAACGCCACCCAGUGUCCGCAUUGGGAAGUGUGGGACUGGCUGUAUGUCAUGCAACCGGCUUACAUGUUCAUCAUCUGCAUUCUGGGGAUCAUCGGUAACAUCUUCGUCCUGCUGGUCUUCAGUCUACAUAAGAAAGCAUGUACAGUCGCUGAAAUCUACCUGGGGAAUCUAGCAGCUGCAGACCUCCUAUUGGUUUCGUGUUUGCCGUUCUGGGCGAUCAACAUCGCCAAUGAGUUUAACUGGGAAUUUGGAUCAGUGAUGUGUCGACUGGUCAACACGGGCAUCAAAAUGAACAUGUUAUGCAGUAUUUACUUCUUAGUUUUGGUCAGCACUGAUCGCUAUGUUGCACUCGUUCAUGCACUAUCGCGUGGUAGAAUGAGACGACCACGAUACGCCAAACUCAACUGCAUUGCCGUCUGGUGCUUCGGAUUAAUACUCAACAUCCCGACGCUUCAUUUCCGUGACAUUAAAUUCAUCCCAGAGCUAAACAUCACGGCUUGCAUUCUGGAUUAUCCAAGUCCAAACAUCGGUUUAAUCUGUGACAUUCUCCUCAUAAUAAUCGGCUUCAUUAUACCGAUUUUGGUGAUCUCGUAUUGCACGCUUAAAAUCAUCCGAGCUUUGCAUGAGCAAGUCGUCGACCGCUUUAAUGCUGAAAACACUGAAAGAAAAGCUACGAUUCUGGUGUUGGUGGUCCUGAUGGUGUUUCUCCUAUGUUGGGUCCCGUUUCAUCUCGUGACGCUUAUGGAUAUCCUGAUGCGAUUCGGUGUCUUUGGCGGAUGCAAAUUCGAAGCCGGUCUUGAUAUUUCCAAUCAGAUCUUCACCUACUUGGCUUUGAGCAACAGCGUUUUGAACCCGAUUCUCUAUGUAAUCGUGGGCAAGAACUUCAGGAAGAAGGUCAAAGAGCUGAUGAAGCAACUUGCGGAGAAGAAAGUGGAUUCGACAAGCGGUUCGACGAGAUCACAGCUCUCGUCCACCUUAAAGACUUUCACAACUUAUUAAGAGCUCAUUGGAUCAACCUGAAAUUAUGGUUCAGAAUCAAUGGCUCAGAAUUAUUGUAAAAUUUAAGUCAGAGUUAUUAGCCAUCCUGUAUAUUUUCUCUCAAUUUUCUUAAAGGCCAUUUUUUCAACACAUUUCAACACAUAAUAGUUUUAAUAACUAAUUUCUAAUAACUGCUUUAUUUAAUCUUUGUCAUGAUGACAGUAAAUAAUAUUUUACUAGAUAUUCUUAAAGACACUACACUGUAAAAAAUAUAUGAUCAAUUAGUCCAGACAGCAUAUUUUAGGCCACUGUAACUUAAUAAACUAAUUUAAUCAUGUUCUAACUUAAUUUUAUAAGUUAUGCAAGCUGUUUUAAGUCAGUUUCACAUGGAUUUCCAUGGACUCAUAAGGUUAAUUUGAUGCAACCAGGUUUGUUUUCACAGUGUAGUAUUCAGCUUAAAGUGACAUUUAAAGGCCUAACUAGGUUCAUUAGGGUAAUCAGGCAAGUCAUUGUAUAACAGUGGUUUGUUCUGUAGACAAUCCAAAACGAAUAUUGCUUAAGGGGGUUAAUAAUAUUGACCUUAAUAUGGCUUAAAAAUUGCUUUUAUUCUAGCCAAAAUAAAACAAAUAAGACUUUCUACAGAAGAAAAAAUAUUAUAGGAAAUACUGUGAAAAAUUCCUUGCUCCGUUAAACAUCAUUUGGGGAAAUAUUUAUAAAUAUUAAUAAAAAUAAUUCACACAAGGGCAAAUAAUUUUGACUUCAUUUGUAUAUGGUAAAAGCAUCCUUUUCAAAGUUGUAAAUAUAAAAAACUAAAUGUUACACAACAAAAUACAGUUUCAGUCUUCUACAGAAAGUUUGGUUCACAUUUAAAGUUGUAAAACUGAUAAUGUCGCACUUUCUGAGUUGAAACUGUUGAAGUAAACCCUAAUUAGGGCUGGGCAUUGAUUAAUCACAUUCAAAAGAAAAGUUUGUUUUUCCAUAAUGUGCAUUAUUUAUACAUGAAUCCAGGCAUACAAACAAAUUAUACAUCCAUAGAGAAUAUCUGUAUUAUAUACACAUAUUUUAUAUCUUAAUAUAAAUAAAUAUUCUCAAAUAUAUGCAUGCACAUACACAUGGAUAUUAUGUAAAUACAAACUUUCUUUUUAGAUGCGAUUAAUCAUGAGUCAUUAUGGGCCAGCACUAAUUCUAAUUUGAAGAUGUUGUGAAAUACUGAACGUUUUAAAAUAUUUAAUAUGUACAAAACAAUUCAAAUGAUAUCAUGGUAAAAACAUCAGUACUGUAUGCCGUUGUGUAAAGUUAUAUUUCAUUUUUAUACUUUUUUGUUUUUAAUGUAUUUUCUACAAGAAGCUAAACCCAUGUGUGUUAAGUAAUGUUUGUAAGCUUUGAAGUGAAUGAAAGAAUAAUAUCGAUAUACUGCCAAAUGUAGCAAAAUUACACUCAAAACUUGAACAUGUUCAUUUGAUUUCAUCUGGACAAAUGUAUCUGCUUAAUAAAUGUACAUGCUUAAAUAAGGAUGAAGAAAGAUCACAGUGACCUUACAGUGCAUCCGGAAAGUAUUGAUAGCGCUUCACUUUUUUCACAUUUUUUAUGUUACAGCCUUAUUCCAAAAUGGAUUAAAUUCAUGUAUUUCCUCAACAUUUUACACACAAUCCCCCAUAAUGACAAUGUGAAAAAAGAGUUUUUGAAAUUGUUGCAAACUUAUUAAAAAUAAAAAAGCUGAAUAAUCACAUGUGCAUCAGUAUUGACAGCCUUUGGCGUGAAGCUCUAAAUUGAGCUUAAGUACAUUCUGUUUCCUCUGAUCAUUCUUAAGAUGUUUCAGCAGCUUAAUUGGAGUUCACCUGUGGUCAAUUCAGUUGAUUGGACAUGAUUUGAAAAGGCAUACAUCUGUCUAUAUAAGGUCCCAGGGUUGACAGUGCAUGUCAAAGCACAAAACAAGCAUGAAGACAAAGGAAUUGUCUGUAGACCUCAGAGACAGGAUUGUCUCAAGGCAGAAGGCUGGGGAAGGUUACAGAAACCUUUCUGCUGCUCUGAAAGUUCCAAUGAGCACAGUGGCCUCCGUCAUCCGUAAGUGGAAGAUGUUUGAAACCACCGGGACUCUUCCUAGAGCUGGCCGGCCAUCUAAGCUGAGUGACCGGGGGAGAAGGGAUCUGUGCAGCAAUCCACCAAUCAUGCCUGUAUGGUAGAGUGGCCAGACGGAAGCCACUCCCCGCCUAGAAUCUGCCAAAAGGCAUCUGAAUGAUUCUUAGACCAUAAGAAACAAAAUUUUCUGGCCUAAUGGGACUCAAAUGGAACUCUUUGGAGUAAAUGCCAGGCAUUACGUUUGGAGAAAACCAGGCAGCACCCAUCACCAGGCUAGUACCAUCCCUACAGUGAAGCAUGGUGGUGGCAGCAUCAUGCUGUGGGGAUGUUUUUCAGCAGCAGGAACUGGAAGACUAGUCAGGAUAAAGGGAAAGAUGAAUGCAGCAAUGUACAGAGACGUCCUGAAUGAAAACCUGCUUCAGAGUGCUCUUGACCUCAGACUGGGGUGACGGUUCAUCUUCCAGCAGGACAAUGACCCAAAGCACACUGCCAAAGUAUCAAUGGAGUGGCUUCACAACAACUCAGUUAAGGUCUUUGAGUGGCCCAGCCAGAGCCCAGACCUAAAUCCUACUGAACAUCUCUAGAGAUCUGAAAAUGGCUGUACACAGUCACUUCCCUUCCAACCUGAUGGAGCUUGAGAGGUACUGCAAAGAGGAAUGGGCAAAAACUCCCAAAGACAGGUGUGCCAAGCUUGUGGCAUCAUAUUCAAAAAGACUUGAGGCUGUAAUCACUUCCAAAAGUGCAUCAACAAAGGCUGAGCAAAGGCUGAGAAUACUGAUGUACAUGUGAGUUAUCAGCUUUUUUAUUUUUAAUAAAUUUGCAACAAUUUCAAAAACUCUUUUUUCACAUUGUCAUUAUGGAGGAUUGUGUGUAGAAUGUUGAGGAAAUAAAUGAAUUUAAUCUAUUUUGGAAUAAGGCUGUAGCAUAAAAACAUGCGGAAAAGUGAAGCGCUAUGAAUACAUUCCAGAUGCACUGUAAAGACCUUAAAUAAUUCAGUUUGUUUUGAGUAAAGCGUACAAAUGCACAUACUUUUCAACUAUCUGAUUUAUAAUAUUUGCUUAAUAUCUGAAAUAUUUGUUUGAAGUUGUAGAAAAACAAAUUUAAUGUUAAAAAAAUAGUAAGCUCAUAAUAGUAUAAAAUGUUCUCAGACACAAAGUGAAAUGAUCAGUUUUCUUGCUUGGCACAUAUGUUAGUUUUGAUGUGUGUAUGUGGUAUGACAUUGAAAAGCUGUACAUUUUUCAUUAAAUGCUAUGAAAUG